AUGCUAGGGUUGGGCCAAUCCGCUCAAGCAUAUUCCAGUGAUGAUACUCUCAAUAUGAACCAGACAAAGGAUAAAAUGCACGAGGUUCCAGUAUACGGCAGGGCGAGCGAUAUCAAAUACCCUCAUCGUGGUGAGCACGUUUCACCUCACGAACAGCACUCCGGGCUAUUGCCAAGUGAGUGUCCAGGGCCUACUUUAAACACUGGUGCAGGUAGAAUUGGCAUCCCAGGUUGUGGCAAAGUCAUAAAUAAAGUGGUCAGUGACCAUGGUAAUAACGCUAGAUCUUCGUUAGCCAAUUUUGAUUCGAGCAAAAUGACUGAGGCAAGAAUGAACAGCAAGAACGUGCCUAUUGGUUGUCAAGAUACAUCUAUUCCGCAUUUCAACGGACCUAUUGAUCAACAUAUUCCAGGUGCAGGUUCACCUCAAAGUAAACCUCAUCACAUCGAGGCAUGGAACAGUGUGUCUUCUCGCCGUUCCGAUAAUAACGACCAAGAAAUGAUGGAUCCCCAGGCCGCUCCUUUGGACAGAUACAAUGAGCACAUGGUGAGAGACGAAACGAGCGGUGCCUCUGCUUCCUCCUACACUGCUCAUGUGCGCGGAUAUCCGGCCAAUGUUCCUCCUGUCAACCAGAAAACUGGGGGUGGAAAAAACUGCGAGUAUGGAAUGAAUGAUCGGUACAAUGUCCCAAGAAACCAAAUCAGAAAUGAGACUAAUCCUUCGAUCAACCUUCCAAACCCCGCUGAUCCUAAUAUUCCUAACCCCAAGAAUAAGGUCUUGAAUAGUUAG